CUCAGCAUCCUACAAACGAUGUGAGGGAAAGACAGCAGACACAGCCACCCUGUGGUGAAAUAGUAUCAUUGUCUUGCAUACCUUAGAUGUUGGGAAGUGGUUGAACACAGCAACUUAGACGAGAAGCUGUUAAUUAAAGAAGGUUUUUGACAAAUUGUCGCCUUGUUUACGAACUAGCCAGUCGAGUGGCUAACUGGCGUAACACAUUCAUGGGAACCGAGGAGCGAGAUUGGAUGGAAGUAGCCAAUGAUCUCCUCUAUAAGUGCCACAUUAAUUUGAGACUACAAAGACUGACGGACUGUGACGCCAAUGUUUUCGUCGCGUUGUACGAAGCCAUCUUGAGUGACAAAGUUCCAGAUUACAUAGCUGUCCCCAGAAGCCAAGAAGAUGACAUCCACAACGUGCAGUCGGUGAUCGACUCGCUGGCCUUGGACUACCUCCACAUCAGUCUGUCUCACAUCACCGGUGAGAACGUUGCUCGGGGUGACCAGGAAUCUGUGAGAAACCUGCUUGAAAUAUUCGACGGUCUGCUGGAGUACCUGACAGAGCAGCUGAGCGACGAUGAGGAACUGCAAAACGGAGCAGACAUGCAGCCCAAUGGAGAGGCCCACAGUAAGGGUCCCGGGGCUCAGCAGCCAGGAGAGCAAGAGCACGAGAAGAUGUCCCAGGCCUCCAGUGCACAGUCGGCCGUCCAGUCCAGCAAGCACUCGCUGCACUCGUGGAACGGAGACGAGUCGGAGUCCACCGCCGAGCUCAUCCGCCUAGGAGACUCGGCCCGCACGUUCUCCAAGAAGGAAGCAGUGCUUCCUGCACCCAGUGCCCCCUCUCAGGGUCCAGAUGCCACCUCCGGUGCCCAAGCCGCUCCUGCUGCUGCCGCUGCUGCCGCUGCCGCCGUCGCCGUGGCUACCACCAGCGCUGCAGUCCCAGGCUCCGCCACCUUGCUCCGGGAGCCCCUGCGCUCGGCCAUCCCCCUCCAGCCACCCUUCCAGACCACCCCUCAGAGGCUCGUCCCGGCCGAAGCGCUGGUCCCAGCUCGGCCAGCGCCGGCCCGCGGUUCGGUCAGCCUGCAGGAGCAGGAGACGGCCACCGGCGGCCUGCAGAAUGGUUUUAUGAGGCCCGCUGGGGAGGGCCUGCGCUCGAGUCACCUCCUCUCCCCGUCAUCGCCCCGCUCUCCCGUGACAAGCGAGAGGUCCACGUCCAGCCAGAGGAAAGCCAAUGUAGAGAGCAGGCACCAGCCAGAGGUAAGCCUGCGUCUGACCCCGAUCAACACCACUGAUCCUGAUCGUAUACACUCACUCUACUCAUGCGGUGUGGACACAUGCUUUCAGACGUUGCCGGCGCCCAGGCGAGUUCUCUUCCGCACGCAGCCCGACGUGCUGCUCCUCUCCCUUCGCGAGGAGCUGGAGGGAGGCCCCCUCCACAACGGACACCCCGAGGAGGUGCGGACAAACGGGGAGACGCAGGAGGAGGAGGAGGAGGAGGAGGAGGAGAUCCUGCAGCUGAGCUCCAGCUCGUCCUCCAGCUGGAGGAGGGAACACGGCAGGGGGGCCAGAGACAGAGGCCUGGCCAGGAGUGAGCCCCAGGAGCCCCUGUCCCGCCGCAGUCAGAAGAACAGGAAGGCAGAGCAGGAGCUACACGACAUGUCUGAGAAACUCUCCCACCGUCUGGAGGAGCUGGACCUGAUGCUGAAGCGAGCUCUUGGUGAGAGCGGUGAAGCGUGUGAGGAGGACCAGCAGUCCCACCACAGUGACAGUGUCAUGGAGUGCCGGAGGCUUGGCAGACCCACAGACUUGCCCCUGACCAAUGGGGUGACGCGCACGCGCUCCCUCUCGCCCUCCCCUCCUCCCCCCCCCACGCGGCGCUCGCUGCAGGCCCAGCUGGAGGAGGCCGCCGGCCGCGACUCCAGACACCACAUGGCCCGCACCCGCCGCAGGGAGCUACGGGAACUACACAGCCAGAGACGCCGGGGACAGAUGGUGGGCAAAGCCUACGAGGAGGAGCUGAAGAGGUACGAAGACGACGAGCGGGCAGUCAUGGCCGAGGAGAGAUUACGAAUUCAUGAAACGGAACGGGAGUUCAGGGAGGUUUUGAGGAAAGAGGCUCCUCGCAGUCCAAAGGCAGCAGACGCCUGCAGCCCCAAGACCUCCGUGUCCCAGAGCUCGUCCCGCAGCAGACACCCGCCGUCGAGCCGCAAGCAGUCGCACCUUCAGACUCGCAAAGCUGCAGCCAUGAAGUUGAAGGAGAAUGACCUGCUGCCCACUCUGCUGGAGGAGUUCCCAGGGCUGCAUCUCUCCCCUCACGCUCUGGGCCGCAUGUGGAAGCAGCAGCUGCGGCAGGUGGACCACCUCAACGCGCCCGAGAACCAGCGCGGCCACAUCAAGCUGGCCAAUCAGGUGGAGGAGGCACAGAAGAAGCACGACCUGUUAAUGGAUAUCAUCCGCAAAGAACAGGAACACAACCGCAGACUGAAGGACCAGAGGGAGCGCACGCAGCAGCAGAAGUCGGCUCAGAACAAGUUGCGGGAGCAGCGGCAGCAGGUCGCUCGCGCCAAGAAAUACUUCAGUGACUACCACCUGCAGCUGCGCUCCCGUCUGGCCAGGGCCCGCACGCGCGAGGAGAGGCUGUUUAAGCAGAUCUUUGAGGAGGGCGUCGAGGUGCAGAAAGCUCGUCUGAGGGAGGACCGCGCCUACGCCAGAGAGCAGCGGCAGGCGAACCAGCAGCGGCACCGCACCGAGCUGGAGGCCAUGGAGAACUACUACAAGGACCAGAUGUCGUUACUGGCUGAGACUCUCGCACAGGAGCGCGAAGAGAUUCAGGUGCGGAAGAAGGCCCAGGAGAAGGCCUUACAGAAGCUUAAGCGGGAGCUGCGCGGCAAGAUGGAGCGUGAGAUCGACGAGCUGCAGCGUAUCAUCGUCCAGAACGACGAUGACGACUACUUCCGCGACCUGGAGGCGGAGCGACUGCGCAGCCGCCUGCAGAUGGCCUCCUUCCAGUACAACACCAGCUGCCUGCACUGACCUCAGAUCAGACAGAACUGAUCAGAGCGUGACUUCACGGUUGAUUGUAAUGCAUUGGACCUUGGGGUGUGGUGUGUGUGUG